GUAUCUGAACUUUUGGAUACCUUUGAUGCCGUAAAAUCAGGUCGUUAUGAAAAACAACUUGUUUCUUCAGCUUCAACUGAUGAAAACGCCGCAGUAUUAUCGGGUCGUGGAGAAGUCAUUGAAGAUGCAGCAACUAUAGAAUUCAUUGAUGUGCCUAUAGUAUCCCCGAACGGGGAUGUUUUAUUAAAAAAAUUGAAUUUCUAUGUGAGACCAGGCAUGCACUUGUUGAUUGUUGGACCUAAUGGAUGCGGCAAAAGUAGUUUAUUUAGAAUUUUAGGUGGCCUCUGGCCUGUUUACGGUGGUACUGUUCAUCGACCAAAUCCAAGAGAUAUUUUUUAUAUUCCCCAACGUCCUUACUUAUCACUGGGCACGUUGCGUGACCAAAUUAUUUAUCCACAUACCGUUUCUGAAAUGACAAAGCGAGGUAUAAAUGAUCAGAGUUUACAAGAAAUCCUUAACAUUGUUCAACUAAAUACCAUUGUUGAGCGCGAAGGAGGUUGGGAUAAGGAACGUGAAUGGAAAGAUGCUUUAUCAGGAGGAGAUAAACAAAGAAUUGCUAUGGCAAGAUUGUUUUACCAUCGACCGAAAUAUGCAAUUUUGGAUGAAUGUACUAGUGCUGUAGGCUUGGAUAUUGAAAAAAUUAUGUACACACAUGCCACAGACUUGGGAAUUUCUUUGUUGACUGUAUCUCAUCGGCCAUCGUUAUGGAAAUAUCAUAAUUUCAUCUUACAAUAUGAUGGACAAGGGGGAUAUGUAUUUACCAAAUUAGAUGCAGAACGUCGAUUAAAGCUUCAAGAGGAGAAACAACAUUUGGAACAAAAACUUAUUGAAGUACCAAAAUUACAAGCUAGAUUGAGUGAUUUGAAAGCAGUGUUAUCUGAAAGAGAUGCAGAAGGCAAUUUUAUUGCAGUCACACAUUAA